GUAGAACAUCGUUGUUCUGGUCAAGAUUUUCAAAAAAAAUUAUCCGUUGCACCUUCAUUUAUUGCUCCAAUAGUCAUAUUUUUUGAAAUUUUGGACAUUGGAGGCCUCCUUUUUUAUAAAUUGGAGCCUCCACUCCUCAUUUUUACACACACAAACACAAAUUCUCUCCAUUAUUCUUGCAUAUCUCACUCUACUUACAAUUUUUUUUUCCUUCUUCAUCAUGGGCAAGGACAAGAGCAGGGCCGCCACCUCCGGGAAAUCAAAGUCCAAAUCCCGGGCGCCUACGUCAUCCUCCGAGGAGCGCCUCUACUAUGGCGACGGGUCAUACCUUUGGUUUGAUUCCGAGGAGGAGCGCACCCGUUUCCUAACCUUCUUCUCUAAACGGGUUGUGGCUCCCCCACGAAUCAUCCCGGAGCGUUACCCGGAGUUGCAGGGCUACGACGACCUCGACGCGCAGCUUCAUCAAGCCGGCCUUUGGCCGUUCGUCUCCCGGGCGCGCAAGGAGAUCAACCCGGCGCUGAUCCGGGCCUUCUACUCCAACCUCCGGCGUGAGGACGACGUGCUCUACUCGCUCGUCAAGAGCACGCCGAUCGAGCUCACCGUGGAGCAGCUUGGGCGCAUCGCCGGCCUCCCCUUCCAAGGCGACGAUGUGUCUCACUAUGGUGGAGAGGAUUGG